UCUGUAGGUUUGAAGCUGCUUCAUGUAGAAUGACAAGUGAAAAGGUUCAGCAAGUGUUGAUCUUGGACCCUCCUCAUCUACUCAAAUUUGAAGGUCCAUUUACUGAUAUUGUAACAUCAACAUUGACACUCACAAAUUCAACAGAGAACAAGGUUGCCUUCAAGAUAAAAACUACAGCCCCCAAGCGGUACUGUGUCCGGCCAAAUUCAGGAGUAAUAAAGCCCAAUGGACAAGCUAAAGUCUCUUUAAUGCUCCAACCAUUUGAAUAUGACCCUGUGGAGCGUAAUAGACAUAAAUUCAUGGUUCAAAGCCUCAUUGUCCCAGAGAAUGAAGAAUACAAUGAAGCCAUGUGGAUGAAAUGCUCUGAACAGAUCAUGGAUUCGAAGCUGCGAUGUCUAUUUGAGCUACCAGGAGCUGCUGUUGGUGGCAGUGGCGGAGAGGAAGUGUCACUACCAAACACAGAAGCCACUCCAAAAAGUGAUGACUCAAAAUCCCCUGUUGGAGACAAGUCUCCUGUCAAAUCCCCUUUGACUGAACUGAUGAUGCGGAUUGAUGACCUGAACCACUGUGGGUUCAGGCCAUCAAUCUGCAAGUGUGAAUUGUGGUGGCAGAAAUGCGUCCCCCUCAAAGGGGACUACAUGGAGAAGCAAGAACCAGCAUCUCGGGACCCAAGACUCACAGAAGCAGCAGACAUGAUCAGGAAACUUCGUGAUGAGAACAGCAGCUUGAAGCAGGAGCUUUCUAGUUUGAGAGAUUCGAUGUUGAGGCAGCGGAAGGUAGGAGAUGGUGGAGAUGAUCCCAUGGAAUCAUUCAAUAGUCAGCAUCUCUCCCAAAACUACGCUUACCAGACUGUCGCAUUGACCCCAAAAGUGAUGACAGGAUUAGUUGCUCUUGUCAUCUUCUGUCUCUUUCUUGGAAAAUUAAUCCUAUAAGCAACAUUGGGCUGCCCUGACCUGUUCAGAUUCUUCAGCAAUCACAGCCAUACCAAAAUUUGAUAAGAUGACAAGGAGAUAUCUCCUUCUUCCCUUCAUAUUGCUUUAUGAUUUCCAAUUUGGUGUCUCUUUGUCUCCCAGGUUUUUCUCCUAUCUGUUUUUACAUCUUGCAUUCAUGAGGUCUAGCCAUGUAUUUAUCCAUGCAAGUGGUUCUUCAUGUUGAAGCUCCCUGUUCCGUUUAUUAUGCUUUUGAGAAAACUUGGCUUGUAGACCCUCUGGCAUUCUGAACACAUUCUCAUUUGGCUUUAUUGUCUUUCAUCUGCUGCAUCCCUUUGAAUGGAGUGUCUAAAGAGAGGGGAUGAAGGAUCAAUGGGUAAUGAUGGACAAUGACUUACAAGAAGAAAGUGAUAGAAGGGAAAGUGGCAUACCUACUCACACCACCACCUCUGUCACAUUCUGUCACUUAUCUACAUUGUGUGAUGUUUGGUGCAGUUUAUCCAGUGAUUGAAAGAAAACACAAGGCUUCUUGGAAUCCUUGAGUACUCCUGGUCAUUGCACACUGGUCAGGAGGAACUUCUUUCAGAUUCACAUUUUGCAUGUACAUAAGUGAUUACUGUCUGAAAUCCUCCUCCCCCCCCCCCCCCCCCCCCCCC